AUGGGACACACCACCGAUAACUGCUGGACCUUACGCAAAGAGAUCGAGCGAUUCAUUAAAGCCGAGCACUUAGCAAAUUUUGUGUCAAAUGAACCCGUGCAACCCGAGGUUGCUAAGGCCGUUGGGGCGGGAACUUCAAAGGGCAAGGAUAUAGUUGAAGAUCUGGGCAUACUUGCUGGGUCAUGCUCAUCAAUCGUCGGAGGAUUCAGUGGUGGGCGAUUAUCUGGCAAAGGAAGAAAAAGAUAUGUAGAAGCAGUGAAUUCGGUGCACAAGGCCUAUGAAGGGGAGUGUUGGUUGAACCACACCCCUAUUACUUUCACAACCAAGGAUUUUGAUCAUGUUACCCCACAUGAUAAUGAUCCUAUUGUGGUGACACUCCGAGUAAACAAUUACGUUACCAAGAAGGUAUUUUUGGACCAGGGAAGUUCUGCAAAUAUUAUAUAUGGUGAUGCGUUUGAAAGGCUGGGCUUAAAAGAAUCUGGCCUAAAGCCGUAUACAGGGUGUUUGGUUGGAUUUACGGGCGACCGGGCCAAGGUGCGAAGAUACGUGGAGUUAACAACAACCUUUGGCGAGGGAGAAUUUGUGAAAAAGUUCCAAGUGAAAUAUUUAGUCCUCCCCUGCCGGGCAAUGAACAAUGUGCUUCUGGGGCGAGACACUCUAAACAAAGUCUGUGCAAUAAUUUCAACCGCCUAUUUGACAGUGAAAUACCCUGCUUACAAUGGCAAGAUCGGAAUUUUGAGGGUGGAUCAAGAAGCGGCGAGAGAAUGCUACGCCCAAAGUCUAGGGUGUUAUGGCAAGAUGGCGGCUAAAGAAAGCCACCGUGUUACUGAAAUCUUUCCACAUGAAGACUUCAACUUGGAUCCUCGCAACGAUUUCGCAGACUUAAGACCUCAACCCACUUAG